AUGGAGAAGCCUCAACUCCGGCGACCGCGGACGGUUGCUGUUGUGGGCACGGGCAUGGCCGGUCUGGCCACCGCACAUCUGUUACACCAGGACUCGCAGGAUCGAUACCAAGUGACGCUGCUUGAAAAGAGAGACCAAAUUUCAUUGAGUGCAGAGUCUAUUGAGAUUCCAACUCGAGAUGAGAAUCAUGCUACAGUAUGGGCAGAUGUUCCCAUGCGCGCCUUUGCAGGCGGCUUUUACCAGAAUUUGAUCCGAAUGUACGAUCAUCUGGACAUUCAGUACCACGCACAACCGUUCCUCUUCAGCUUCACCAGACUGCCACAGCGACAGCAACCCUGCUCGACCACUUCGUGUAUCCCAGGGCCCCAGAUGGUGUACGCUUCGAACUUUCAUCAGGUCCCUCCGAUCCCUCGCACUCUGGAUCUGCUCCAGUGGUUUGUGGAGGCCGUCUAUGCAGUGGUGUGCUACUGCUGGUUCACUUUCUGUGUCUUCUUCAUCGCACCAUAUGAUGAGGACUUGCAGAAUGAAACUCCCAGUGAAACCUUCGGUCACUAUCUGCGCCGUGUCCGGAUGCCACAGUACUAUGUGAUUAACUACCUUCUUCCCCUGAUCUCGAGUGUUUGCACCUGCACGCAUCAAGAACUGCUAUGUUUCCCAGCAAGCGAUAUCCUGGACUACAAGCGUCGCACACACAGACAACAACACUUUGUCGUCGCCGCAGGCGUCCAGUCUGUCCAGAAAAAGCUUCUGGAUGGCCUAGAUGUGCGCCUUGGAAUCCAGCUGACACAUGUGAUCCCGAAAGAUGGUGGUGUUGAAAUUCAGUACUUGACCGCCGAUGGAAAUAGCUCGUCCGAGCAAUUUGACCUGGUAGUAUUAGCCGUGUCGCCCGAUGUGGCAGCAUACUUACUGCCGGACUUGACAUCGCAACUAUCAGCCAUUCCGACAACACUCGUAGAGACAGUCGCACACACAGACCAGUCAAGCAUCAUUCCGAUGCUCCAGGCCACAGGCUCUUCAACUUCUAAGGCUCGCAGGUCCUUCCGAGGCACUCUCAGCACCACUAUGCAGCGCAUACACCUCCUCUCUAAUGAAAACCUAACCGAGGCCGUCCAUGAACAAGCCAACUCGCUCCUUGUUACCACCAAUCCUCUCCUCCCUCUGGACAAAUCAAAGAUUCUUCGUUCUGCACGUUUCGUUCGUGUUCUACGAAGUCCUCUUAGUCGACUGCUUGUCAACUCCAUGUUCCAAAAUCGUCAAGAAAGGUUCUCCUCCUCUUCUCCGAAGUCAUGGCGAAGUGGAGACAAAGGAAUCUAUCUCGCAGGAGGCUGGUGUUGGGAUGGCAUGGUUCUGUUAGAAGGAUGCAUUGUCUCCGCGAUGCGGGUCGCUGCUGACCUAGGUGUCGACGUGCCCUGGGACCUCCCGAAGCUAUAA